AGAUAGAUAGAUAGAUAGAUAGAUAGAGAACAGAGCAUAUCGAUGAUAAUAUUAAAUUUAGCGAUGAAGUAUGAUUAUAAUCGAGAUGUUCACGUAAUGCCGCCUGUGAAAUCUUAUCUAUGAAGCUUUUAACAAGGAAGGCGUAGAAUUUGAUGUAGUAGUAUAUGCGUGACUGGCGUGUUAACGUUGUCUAAUCUUUUUCCCAGUUAGUGAUAUAUUAUUUUUACAUUUUCUCUUUUUCUUAUUCUUCUAAUAGUUUUUUUUUUUUUUAUUUUUUUUUUUUUCGUAGUGCAGUAGGUUAGUUUGUUGGUGUGUAAAAACAAGCAAGAAAGAAAGAAAGAAAGAAAAAAAGUAUAACCGUGGCGGUAAUUUGAAAUCAAUCGACGAAAGAAAAAAGAAACAAAUCGAACGAACGGGACAAACAAAAAAAAAGAAAACAAAUAAAAUGACAGUUAUGAGCGAAUUGAAAGAAACUUAUAAUAAUUUAUUACAAAGUAGUCACGUUAAGUUACGUCACGUUAAUAAAUUUCUAUAUAACAAUGUAAAUGAGAAUGACUCUAUUAAUGUUGCCGAAGAAAAUACAUUGCAAGGAUAUAAUAAUAAUGAUUCAUCUGACAACAACGUAUAUGCAACAACAAAAGAAAGUGAAGAAGAAAAAGAAAAUGAAGAAGACAGAUUUAUAGUUAAAUAUAAAGGACGUAUUUUUGAUAUUCGUGAAUUUUUAAAUCAUCAUCCAGGUGGUAGGAAGACGCUUAGUUAUUACAAAGACAAACAUUUGGAUCGAGUAUUAAAAGAUUAUCCACAUUCUAAGGCAGCCCUUUAUUUGUUCGACGAAUACGCAUUGGAUAAUAAAAUUAAAUAUAGCGAGCUUGAAAGUCUGAUCGAUUGGAAUGCACCACUUCUAAAUCAAGUUGGCAGUUUGAGUGACAAAUAUUGGGAAUGGGUUAAUCUACCUGUGAAUCGACCCAUACGACUUUUUCAAUCCAAUGUAUUAGAAUUUUUAACAAUAACACCAUGGUACCUGAUACCUAUCGUUUGGAUCCCCAUAUGUGUAUUAUUUCUCUACACGGGAAUUAAUUUAAUCUUAGAUCAUCAAUUUCCAAUUGUUUCAUUACUAAAAGGCCUGGUAGCAUUUGGAGCAGGUGUAUUGUUAUGGACAUUUGAGGAAUAUUUGUUACACCGUAAAUUAUUUCAUUACAGGCCACCAGAAAAUUCCAAAAUAUUAAUCACAUUGCACUUUCUUCUACAUGGUUUGCAUCACAAGGCACCAUUUGAUAGUCAGAGAUUAGUAUUUCCACCCAUAGCUGGUAUCAUAAUGGCUAUUGGUAUAUGGAAUUUGUACAUAAUGAUAUUUCCUGAUUUUAUAGCUAAUUUUAUUGCCGCUGGUACUACUGCAGGAUACUUGUGUUACGAUUUAACGCAUUAUUAUUUGCAUUAUGGUGCACCCAACAACAAAACAUAUUUAUAUAAUUUAAAAAGAUAUCACAAUUAUCAUCAUUUCUCUCAUCACGAUAAAGGUUUCGGUAUCAGCAGUAGAAUUUGGGAUAACGCGUUUAAUACAUCGAUACGUUUACAACAGUUGGUUAAACCGAUCGAAUGGUAAUUUGUAUCUUAUGGGUAAUAAAUGCAAUACAAAAGUUUAUAUUUAAAGUGUGCAGCUCGACGCCUUCGGCUUUAAUUAAUUAACUAAUGUUUAGUUUGAUAUAUAAAGUAUUUACUUAAGUACUUCAAGCCAUAUGACUUAAAUACAUUAAAAAAAAAAAAAAAAAGAAAACGAUUAAUACGAUUCACUAACAUAAGUAAAAUACCAUGUCAUUGUAUCAGUAUUAUACACGAUGAAUUUAAUAAUUAACACGAUUUAGGAAGACCUUAUGAAAAAUGCAUAAUGUAUAAAGAUAAAAUAUAAUAAGCAUUUGCUUAUUAUCCUUGUACUGUUAUUAGAGUCUUGUGAUAAAUAAACUUAAGUACUUCAUUCAA